AAGCUUUCAGCUCUCAGUCUCAGUGUCAGAGCCAACGAGUAAGAAGCCAACAGCUGUGCAACGUGUCGGGUGAUAAAAGUGAAAUUUUGCAAAUACAAAUUUAAAUCGUACAAUGUUGGGGAAUUUGUGUAUUUUAAUGCUUGUCGCGUUAGUCGAACUGUCGCAGGCGCAGCGACCCUCAUUUGCGGGCAUGCGUCCGCCUGGAGGACUCAAUCAAAAGGACAAAUAUCUGGGCACACAGAAUACGGCGGUGGAGAACUUUUCCGGAUUGAGCAUUGCCAACCGUUUCGGCGAGGAGUCCGUGGCCCAACAGACGCCAACUAUUAACCUGCCCUACGGCGCCUCACAAAAGCCACCAAUUGGAGUACCUCUCGUCCUACCCAUCAGUGCCUAUGUGCCCGAUCCAGUGCCAGCCGUACCCACAUCAACCGCAAGCGUGGCCAAUCGAUUUGGUGGCAAUGAUGCCACUGUUCCACUCAGCGGUGACAGCUUCCGUCCCACUGUCAACACGCCCACGUUAAGUGCCGGCUCUCCUGUUGUUUCCAAUGCAUUGCCCAUCGAUGCACAUGGCGAUCGGGAUUAUGUGAAUCAUCUCAGCACACUGCCCGAGGAUAAUCGUCCUUUCUGGUUCCUCAACUAUCAGGCAAUCGAAGCGUUGAGAAACAGCACCAGACCUAAUGUAAAUGCACUCGAGAAUCGGGGAUCUUUCUUUGCUGGCUAAAACUUGCUUUAAGAACUUAACUCUUUAUAUCAUGAACUAUGUUAAACACAAUCAAACACAUUCAUUCACUUAUACGAAAGUGUAGUCUGGGAAAAAAUAGUGGAAUUACACAAAAAACGUGAGUUAUCCCAUGUGAUUUUUCGUGGGAUGUGAUUGCGAUAACGAUUCGGUGAAUAAUUAAGAAAUAGUAUUUUAAUAAAUACAACAAGAGCUUAAAGUGACUCACUAAAAUACGUAACGAGUAUUUGUAAAUAAUAUUUAUUUAUAAUAAAAACUUUUGCUAUUAACUAGCAACAAUUUAAA